UGCCCCUUUAAGCGAGUCCCUCCCAGCCCCAGCCCUGGGCGGGUCUGGCUCAGUCCCAGCUGGGCCCUGCAGGAAGCAACUGCCGACAUGGCCGAGGAGUCCAUCAUCCGCAUCCCCCCGCACCACUACAUCCACGUGCUGGACCAGAACUCCAACGUGACCCGCGUGGAGGUGGGGCCGCAGACCUACAUCCGCCAGGACAAUGAACGGGUCGUCUUUCCCCCCGCCAAGAUGGUGACGGUGCCCCCCCGGCACUACUGCGCGGUGCUGAACCCUGUGCUGCGGGCGCCGGGCGCCGGGGUGCAGUUCGAUGCCUCGGGGCAGGCGCUGCUACGGCACGCGGACCUGGAGAUCCGGCUCAGCCAGCCCCCCUUCCCCCUCUACCCGGGAGAGGAGAUCCAGCAGGGGAUCACGGCCCUGCAGGUGGUGCUGCCGGACACCGCCCUGCACCUCAAGGCCCUGCUGGAUUUUGAGGACGACCAGGGGGAGAAGUACGUGGCUGGGGACGAAUUCCUCUUUGAGGGGCCAGGCACCUACAUCCCGCGCACCGAGGUGGAGGUGGUGGAAAUCAGCCAGGCGACCGUCAUCCGCCACAACCAGGCCAUCCGGCUCCGGGCCCGCAAGGAGUGUACGGACCGGGAGGGGACCCGGCGCGUCACAGGUGAGGAGUGGCUGGUGAAGCGAGUGGGUGCGUAUCUCCCUGGCGUGUUUGAGGAGGUGGUUGACAUUGUGGAUGCUUUUCUGCUGACAGAAAAGAGGGCGCUGCAUCUCCGCGCCACCAAGACCUUCCGGGACCCGCAGGACACGGUGCGCCGGACAGGGGAGGAGUGGCUGGUGACGCUAGCGCAGAGCGAGGCCUACAUCCCGGACGUCUACGAGGAGGUGGUGGGCAUUGUGGACAUCACCACACUGAGCAGCCGCCAGUACUGCGUGGUGUGCGACCCCGUGGGGCCCGACGGCAAGCCGCAGCUGGGCCAGGAGAAGGUGAUCAAGGGGGAGAAGUCGUUCUUCCUCCAGCCAGGGGAGUCUCUGAAGGACGGGAUCCAGGACAUCUACAUCCUCUCGGAGGACGAAGGGCUGCUGCUGCGGGCCCUGAGCAAGCUGGAGGACUUGGAUGAGGAUGGUGGUGAGCUGCACCGGAAGCCGGGCGAUCGCUGGAUUAUCUGGGGGCCCCGGGAGUACGUGCCGCCGGCAGAGGUGGAGGUGCUGGAGCGGCGCUGUACCAUCCUCCUGGGCGAGAACGAGGGGGUCUACGUGCGUGACAACAAGACAGGCAAGGUGCGGGCGGUGAUCGGUCACACCUACAAGAUGACGCAGGAUGAGGAGCUAUGGGAUAAGGAGCUGCCCCCCACUGUGGAGGCCCUGCUGUCCUCGGGCCGGGACCCCGUGGCCGACCGCUUCAGGGGGCCCCCCCAAGAAGGUGAGGACCGGCCCCGCAACAUGUCGCGGGUGGUGAGUUACCGGGUGCCCCACAACGCUGCUGUGCAGGUGUACGACUACCAGGAGCGGAAGUCCAGGGUGGUGCUGGGCCCGGAGCUGGUUCUGCUGGGCCCGGACGAGCAGUUCACGGUGCUCAGCUUGUCGGGGGGGCGGCCCAAGACCCCCCACAGCCGCCGCUCACUCUGCCUGCUGCUGGGCCCCGACUUCUGCACCGACAUCGUCACCAUCGAGACGGCCGACCACGCCCGGCUGCAGCUCCAGCUGGCCUACAACUGGCACUUCGAGGUGCCGUCGCCCCCCGACCCCCCAGCGCUCUCCCGGCUCUUCAGUGUCCCGGACUUCGUGGGAGACGCCUGCAAAGCGCUGGCCUCCCGCAUCCGCGGGGCCGUGGCCUCCGUCAGCUUCGACGACUUCCACAAGAACUCGAACCGGAUCAUCUGCUCGGCCGUGUUCGGCUUCGACGCGGAGCUGCAGGUGCGGAGCUGCCUGCGCUUCCCCCAGAACGGGCUGGUGGUGAGCAGCGUGGACAUCCAGAGCGUGGAGCCGGUGGACCAGCGCACGCGGGACGCGCUGCAGAGGAGUGUCCAGUUGGCCAUCGAGAUCACCACCAACUCCCAGGAGGCGGCCGCCAGGCACGAGGCCGAGCGGCUGGAACAGGAGGCCCGGGGGCGGCUGGAGCGGCAGAAAAUCCUGGACCAGGCGGAGGCUGAGCGAGCCCGGAAGGAGCUGCUGGAGCUGGAGGCACUGAGCGCGGCAGUGGAGAGCGCUGGUGCGGCGCGGGCCGAGGCCCAGUCCAAGGCGGAGGCGGCGCGGAUCGCGGGGGAGGCGGCUGUGGAACAGGCCAAGCUGAAGGCGGAGGCAGCCGCCAUUGAGACAGAGUCGGAGCUGGCGCGGCUGUGCCAGGCGCGGGAGCAGGAGCUGCGCUUCGCCCGGGCGCAGGGCGAGCAGGAGGCGGCGCGGGCCCAGCUGCUGGCCGAGGUGGAGGUGAAGAAGUUCCAGCAGGUGACGGAAGCCAUCGGGCCCGAGACCCUGCGGGACAUCGCGCUGGCCGGGCCGGAGCUGCAGGUGAAGCUGCUGAAGGGCCUAGGUCUCCAGUCGGCCCUCAUCACCGACGGCUCCUCCCCCAUCAACCUCUUCUCCACGGCGGGGGGGCUGCUGGGCAUCCUGCCCAGGCCCCCCCCGGGGCCCCAGGAGUGAGGGCCCCGCCCCCCAUGGAAACGGGACCCCAGUGUGCCUUACAGUCUGCAAUAAAGAUGGCAGCCGACGUGGUGGGUCGUGGCUGAUGGGGGCGGGGUCUGGGCUCAGCGGGGACUGUGAUGUUAGCCUGAUCUAGGGAGGGUUUGUUCGAUUGAUUUAAUUCAUCACUUUAAUUUUAUUUGUAAUUAAUUUGAAUGUUGCAGGGGAGUUUUACUGGGACUGCCUGCAUGGGAGUGGGAGACUCUCCUUUGUUGUACUCAAAGUACUAUACGGGAUCUUUUCAGGGGGAAUAAGGCAAAACACCACAUUUAUUAGUAAUAUAGGUAUCAAUUAAUACUCUAUGAUAUGCAUAUGAGAUAUAUCACAGUCAUGCACACACACACACACACUCACUCUCUCCAUCUUGCUGUUGUUACCAACUAGUUGCUCCCCUUAACUGCACUGGCCAGGUGAGUUAGAUGGGGGAGGGGUGGAGCCGGGUCCAUGCUCUGAUGCUGACAAGAUGAGACCCGGGGUCCUUCUGCAAGAUACCUCACCUUUAUAGCAGCUUCCCUCUCAUGCAAAUCUAGACCAGAUUCAAAAUCUGGGUCUGUGGCUGUUGGUCUUUGUGCUGCUUUUCUCCAGGUGGUGUCCCAAUGCUGCUCCAAGAGGGGGUUUGCUAAAGAAGGUGCUGGCUUCUACUCCCUGAGGCCCUCAAUAUGUCUGCUCUUCUUUAUUGGGCCCACUUGACGACUUGUAUUGUCCUUUGCUCUGGCUCCCAGCCCCUCUCCAACUGUUGUAGCUGUCUGGAGGUGGGUGUCUUCCAAGCCUCACUCACUCAGACCUCAUUCAGUCAAUAGGGCAAUUGAUUACUACGUGGGGGGGGAAGAUCUUAUUCUACUUCUAGCAAAAAGGCACAUGUUUCUUUUACUUUAACUAGACUAUCCUUAGGGGCUAGAACAUUUGAUACAAAGUUUUCUACCAAUUUUCUAUAUCGGAAUCUAAUACAAAGUUGUAUGAAAAUAGAGGCACAAGGCCAAGUCAUAUGAAAUACAAAAUAAUAUCAUGCAAGAU